CGUGCACACAGCGUGGAGCAGAGCAGCAUGGCGUGUGUGAGGAGCGCGCGGUGUUCAGUGUGGGUCGGAGCGGAGACCGGCAUCCUCAAGGGUGUGUGUGUGAGCAGGAAGCAGGUCUAUAAUUUCUGUGAGCUGCGGAGUUUGAGCCGAGACGAGGAGAUCUGCACCAUCACCUGGGGGGACGAGCACGAGACAGAGGUGUUAAUAGGGAGUGUCAAUGGCAGAGUGAAGACAUUCAGUACAGAGAAGGGAAUAUUCACUGAGAGCAGAGAGUGUGCAGAUUUAACACAUGGACGGUUCACAGGCCUUGCUGUCAUCGACAGGUCGUUAAUAACAUGUGUGGAGUCUGGAUUGCUGAAGGUGUGGCCUGAAGCAGGCGGGGAGACAGUGGUAAUAAAUGUGGGGAAUGGAGUGUGCCGAAUGAGACAGAACCCAUCAGAGCGCCACCAUGUGGCCACCGGAGGAAAGGAGAACUUGCUGAAAGUGUGGGACCUGCAGAGACCGGACACGCCCAUUUUCACUGCCAAGAAUGUUGCUAAUGACUGGUUGGAUCUGCGUGUUCCUGUGUGGGUUAGAGACGUGUCCUUCCUUACACACUCCAACAAGAUCGUCACCUGCACAGGACAUCAUCAGGUGCGUGUGUAUGACCCGUCCUGUCAGAGGAGGCCGGUGCUGGAGGCGGAGUUUGGGGAGGUUCCUCUGACGGCGCUCUCAGUUCCACCUGGCGAGAAGAGUGUGGUGGUGGGGAACACACACGGCCAACUUGCCACUCUCGACCUGCGCAAAGGUCUGGUGCGUGGGUGUAUGAAGGGUGUGGCAGGCAGUGUGAGGGGGCUGCAGUGUCACCCAUCGUUACCUCUUGUUGCCUCCUGUGGCCUUGACCGAUUCCUCCGCAUACACAACCUGCAGGACCGAACACUCAUGCACAAGGUGUACCUGAAGUCCCGGCUGAACUGUGUGUUGCUUUCCAGUAGAGAUCUGCAGCAGUUUGUGUCUGACGAGGAUGAACAGCUGGAGGAGGUGAAACCAGAAGAGGAUGAGGUCUGGGAUGCCAUGGAAACGGUAACAGAAAAGAGCGGGAAAAGAGCAGCACAAGAUGAGGAUGAGGUCAGAGACGCACCUGAGAGAGACAAGAAGAAAAGGACAAAGUGACAACGGUUUUACUGCUGACAGCUCUGUGUUCUGUACGGACCGGCGUUCUGUACGGACCGGCGUUCUGUACGGACCGGCGUUCUGUACGGACCGGCGUUCUGUACGGACCGGCGUUCUGUACGGACCGGCGUUCUGUACGGACCGGCGUUCUGUACGGACCGGCUUUCUGUACAGACCGGCUUAUACACGAUUAAACUCUCCGCUCUGCAACCGUGUGCGCGCGCGCAUGUGUAGCUUUCAUCACUCGUCUCAACUGGAGACCCUCCUGCAGUACCUGUAGUGUCCAUGAGGGGGCAGCAGCACUCGUGCUACACUGAAAUUCAGACCCUCAGUGCUGAAGGUGUGGAAAUGAACUAAUUUUUAUUCACACCUGAUUCUGUUAGAGUUUAGAUCACACUGUGUAUAGACGAUUUCUUCUCCACUUAAGCACUCGAUAUUUCCUGAUGACAAAACCUAGAUUAUAUUAUUUGGGUCAAUCAUGUGCGUGAUGUGGGAGAAGAGCAGUGUGUAAACAGCUGAAGGUGAAAGAUUGUGGGAGAACGUGUCCAGGUUUAAACCCUGAAAGAAAGAAGACUGAUGCUGGUGUGCCUGAGUGUCCCCUUAGUUUCAGAAAUGAAAGAUGGAAUAUAAACUUGUUUGUUAAUAUUUUAAUUGUGUAAUGCUUGCAUAAAAUGUCAUAUUGGUCUUUACACGUCCUUUCCCUCAUGAGUGAGCACUAAAUCCAUCAUCAGCUGAGGCACAUGGUUUAUGGCCCUCUGUACACAGACUAGCUGUUUCUUUUGUUCAAACUGAUUAGUUUUAUUUGCCUUCAUGUAUUGGUUUGUCAGUUAGCCUUUUUUUUUUUAAUUAAAGCCAAUAAAAUAAAUCAGUUGAUUUUAACUAAA